CCAGCCGCCUCUUAAUGAUACUGGAUGUUAAAGAAUAUCCCUUUUUAUCGGUCUUUAACAUGGUUAAUCUAUUUGAUCUUAAUCAGAGUUAUUAAGGAAUGGAAUCCAUGGCAGGCAUAUCUUUCGUCCUUGUAUUUUAUCUCCUCAUCCAACCGUUGCCGUCUGCUCAAUCUCAAACAACAUUCUUUUUCCCCAAACUGAGUGGAUUAACCAGCAGAAAUUUAUCAAACCUGUAUUUCCAUGGUAACGCUGUAAUAAAACCCGAUCUUAUAGGCAUCCGUCUCACCAAUCAAUCAGAAUACGUUACUGGAAGUGUUGUAUACUCAGAACCUGUGCGUAUGAAAGAGGAGGGGUCCAAGAAUGCAACUUUAUCAUUCAGUACCAGUUUCGUUUUCGCCAUGGCUCCACCUUCACAAGAUUCAACUAGCGGGGAUGGACUGGCAUUUGUCAUAAUGCCAAAUAAAACACAGGAGGGAGGAGGUGCAGGUGCGUACCUUGGUUUGUUCAAUUCAACAAGCAUAGGACAGCCUUACAAUCAUAUCUUUGCGGUCGAAUUCGACACAUUUCAGAACCCAGAAUUCGACGACAUCGAUGACAAUCACGUAGGAGUAGAUCUCAACUCUCUCCAUUCUGUAGAAUCUAAAUCUGCAGGUUACUGGGCUGGCAACCAGUCCUUCCAAUUAGAUCUCAACGGGAGAAAAAAUAUUCAAGCUUGGAUUGACUACGAUCAUCUCCAAGAACAGCUCAAUGUUACUAUAGCACUGGCUGGUUCCCUUCGCCCGGAAACGCCUCUCAUAUCUGAGAAAAAUUUGAGUUUGCCCAGCAUUCUCGAAGAAGAAAUGUAUGUUGGUUUUGCAGCAGCUACUGGAAAACUCGUUCAAGAACAUUACAUUCUAGCCUGGAGUUUCACUACAAAUGGAAAUGCACCGGCUUUGAAUGCAACUAUUCUUCCAUUCUUGACAGACAUAGAAUCAAAUUCCAAGAACCCAAAAAAUCGGCUAGUCGUCGGCAUAACAACAGGUUCAGUUGUUCUCCUAGUACUGGUGGUCGCAAUUGUGUGGUUUAAAAGGAAUAAAAACACAGAAGUAAUUGAAGAUUGGGAGGUGGAGUAUUGGCCUCACCGAAUUAGCUACCCAGACUUAGCUAUUGCAACCAAUGGGUUCUCAGAAAACCAAGUCUUAGGGUUUGGAGGUUUUGGCAAGGUUUACGAAGGAGUUCUUCCUUCUAAUGGCCUCCAAGUCGCUGUGAAAUCUAUCUUUCGAGAGACCAGUGAAGGAGUGAGAGAUUUCAUAGCUGAAAUUUCAAGUCUCGGUCGUCUGCAGCACCGGAAUCUGGUGCAAAUAAGAGGCUACUGCAGGAGGGAACAGAAAUUUUUCAUAGUGUAUGAUUUCAUGCCAAAUGGAAGCCUGGAUAAGAUGAUAUUUGGGAAUCCUUCUCGAGUUCUAGAAUGGGCUCAAAGGUACGCAAUUCUGAAGGACGUGAGUGCAGGACUGCUGUAUCUUCACGAAGGGUGGGAACAAAGGGUGGUGCACAGAGACAUCAAAUCUUCCAAUGUUUUGUUGGACUCGGAGCUUCAUGCAAAACUGGGGGAUUUUGGGCUUGCUCGUCUGUAUAGACAUGAUGAGAAUUCCCAAACCACUCGUGUGGCUGGAACUCCUGGUUACAUUGCUCCAGAAUUGGUAGCCACAGGAAAGGCCACUACCAGCAGUGAUGUAUUUAGCUUUGGGGUUUUGAUGUUGGAGGUUGCUUGUGGAAGGCGCCCUAUUGAGACUCAUCUAGAUGCUUCUCUGGAAAUUUUGUUAGAUUGGGUUAGGGAGCUGUAUGACAACAGAAGGCUCAUGGAUGCAGCAGAUCCAAAGCUUGAUGGUGAUUUUGUUAAGGAUGAGAUGGAGACAGUGCUUAAAUUGGGACUCUUCUGUUCUAAUUCUCAACCGGAAGCAAGACCUGCUAUGAGACAAGUAGUUCAAAUACUUGAAGGUGAAGCCUCCUUUGCGGAAUCUGCUCUUUCUGUUUCAUCUGAGAUGGGUGACUUUGUUUUCUUUUAAUUGUUUUUGGAUUUGUUUCUCUUUAA